AAAGUUGUCCUUGACCAAGUUGUUCUCUGGAGACAGGAAAAAGAAGAUGGCAAUGAUCGGUGCAAUGGAUGCGGAGAGCGUUGCAGAAUACUUCAGGGGGAAGAGCAUCCUCAUCACCGGUUCAACUGGGUUCCUAGGAAAAGUGCUUGUGGAGAAGAUACUUAGGGUUCAGCCAGAUGUGAAGAAGCUCUUCCUCUUGAUUCGGGCCCCCAAUGUUGAAUCGGCAAAGCUUCGGAUUCAGACAGAGGUUACAGGGAAGGAGAUCUUUCAACUGUUGAAAAAAAAUCAUGGUGUGGGUUUCGAUAAUUUCAUCGAAGAAAAGAUCUGUCCUUUGGCAGGAGACGUCAUGCAUGAGGGCUUUGGACUAAACAGUGCCAAGCUGAGCAAUUUGUACAAGAACAUAGACAUUAUCGUCAACGGAGCUGCGACUACAAAUUUCACUGAAAGAUAUGAUGUGGCUUUCGACGUGAAUGUCUUGGGAGCAAAGCACGUCUGUGAGUUUGCCAAGAAGUGUCCUAAGCUCAAAAUGUUGCUUCAUGUUUCAACUGCCUAUGUAGCUGGUGAACAAGAUGGCCUAAUACUAGAGAAGCCACUAUUAAUGGGUGAGACCCUAAGGAUGGGCACACAUCUAGACAUUGAAUACGAGCAAAAUCUGAUCAAAGAGACUAUGAGAGAACUAAACACUAAUUGUUCCACAAAGAAGGCCGAGAGGAGAACCAUGAAGGAGCUUGGCCUGAAGAGGGCACGAAACUUUGGGUGGCCAAACACCUAUGUCUUCACCAAGGCGCUGGGCGAAAUGAUGAUCGGGCACCUGCGAAGGGAUAUUCCAGUAGUAAUCAUCCGCCCUAGCAUCAUAACCAGUACCCUCAAGGAGCCAUUGCCUGGAUGGACGGAAGGAAUUAGGACAAUCGACACGGUUAUCGUCGGAUACGCCAAGCAGACCUUGCCAUUCUUCCUAGCUAACCUUGAUUUGAUAAUGGAUGUGAUUCCAGGGGACAUGGUGGUGAAUGCUAUGAUGGUUUCCAUGUCAGCACACUCGGAGGAUCACCAAGCACAGAUCAUCUACCAUGUAACAUCAUCACUGCGCAACCCCGCACCCUACGCCAUCCUCUCAGAUUCAGGUCACCGCUACUUCUUCGACAACCCACCAUGCACGGGGAGGAAUGGCGAGUUUGUGCAGCUGAAGAAGAUGCGCUUCUUCAGCACAGUCGCACGGUUAAGAUUGUACAUGACCAUCAAAUACAAGCUUCCCCUCGAGAUGCUUCAUCUAGCGAACAUUCUGCUCUGUGGUGUUUUCGCACGACACUACAAUGUGGCCCGUAGAAAAUACAGAUUCGUCAUGCAACUGAUCGAGCUCUACGCACCAUAUGCCUUGUUCAAAGGGUGCUUUGAUGACAUGAAUUCGGAGAAGCUAAGGAUGGCGAUAAACAAGGAUGAAAAUAGCAGUGUACCCUAUUGCUUUGACUUUGACCCCAAGUCCAUCGACUGGGAUGACUAUUUCUAUAGUGUCCACAUCCCCGGUGUGCUAAAAGUUAUGCGUGCAUGAGUUAAAUUUAACUAGCCAAAUUUCAACUGAAAUUGCUAGCCUUUGAAAUACAAUAAUUCGUAGUACUAUGUUUAUUUUUAACAGUGGUGAAUAUGUAUUGUACGAUAUUUUUAGAUGCAACUUCGUGCAUUAUAUCAAUAAAAUAAAAGUAGGUAUCAACUUUAUGUUGUAUCCAAUUA